AUGGCCAACAACCCCUUGGUGCGUCUCAACGGUGCCCAACUAUUGAUGCAGCAUGGAGGGCAGGCUGGUAGCGUGGCGUUGCCUCCAGCAGGGGUACAGAAGCACCCACAGCAGAUAUUGCCGUAUACUAUCGACGGCGGAGCUGUUCAGACUCCCGCUAGAUCCCUUCCCAUAGUAACCAAUACGUCGGGAACCAGGCCUCUGGGACCAGUACCUAUCCGUAACCAGUUCCCUGAAAGUUCUGCGGGCGCUGCGCAACGCCAGCCUCCGCCGCCUACACAUUUUGAAUCGAAUUCUGGAGGAAGAGAGAAGUCAAAGUCUAUCACAGAGAGGGAGGUAGGAACAGUUCUGCCUGCCCUUGCGUGGGGUGGCGACGAAGCGAUUCCCUCAGAAGAGGACCUUGCGCUUCCUGAGCCCAAAUCCCCGUUUUAUCCACCCAGAGGCACUGAAGGUGGGAGUAAGUUAGGCCCAGCCUUCCCGCCAUGCAGCAGCUGGACUCCCAUUGAGCCACCACAGACAGCGACGUCUGUCCCACUUUCAGUCUUCCAUGCUGCACUGGCGGCAAGUGGAGCUGCUCACCCGCCUCAAGUAAGCAGUAUUGGGGACCGGCAAGUAUCUCUGCAAGCGCCACUGCAGCAAACAAACAACCGCAGCCUCCCUGUGAAGCAGCAACAGCAACAACAACAACAGCAGUUGCUCGGUCAGUACACAGGGCCGCACCCCUUUGGAGGGAAUGCUGGCGAUAAUCGCAGGCAAUCUGCACCUCAGAGUGAAGAACCCAGUGUAAUACUGCUCAGGGCACCUGAAAAUGCCUUUGGGAUCUUUGGAGGAUCAACAGCUUCGGCUCCAAAUCAGGGUCAGGGAGGCAGGACUGGCAACGCGGAAUAUCUCCCCUCAGCAAGGGGCAGCAGAACUCUUCCUGAAGAUGCGGGCUGGACAGAGGCGCCGUACCAAACAGAAAAUGAUCUCGGUCCUUGGCAGUUUGCAGGGCUGAUGUAG